AUGACUGAGGGCGACGACAGCGACAACCGCUUCCGAGUGGGCGUGGGCUCUGGCUCUGGAUCCGCCUUUGGGCUCGAUGUCUGGGGGCGGCGGUGGUGGGACGUAAAGGGGAGCAUGGACGGAGUCCCCCGUGGCCGACAAAGCGAGGUCCUGCUCCAGGCUGUCCCACUGCGCGUCCUCCUCCAGCCGGCUCUACUCGAGCGCCUGUUGCAGGGCCACCUCGAGCGCGACUUGAUCCAACAGUAUAGUAUUCAAGAAGUAGUGCCACCCACCGCAAACACCUGGGGGAGUAGUUGGCGGCGACCCGGCCAUUCAAGACUCACCUCGGUGGUGCCUGCGGGGAUAUUCGGUGCCCUCGCCACUCCCCCCGCCCCAGUUCUUUCUCCCUCGCCGGAGUUCGUCCGGCCGCCGCGAUGCAGCAGCAGCAGCGGCAAGGUAAUCAACGCCGGAUUCUCCCGGCGCCUCCUACUUAGUACUACCGUAGUUCCAAAGUUCCAAUAUUUCCCCGUCUCGUGCGCGGUUUCUGCGGCGGAUUUUGGUUACCAGGCGCCGGGCGGUCACGACAUACUAAAUCUGCAGCGGGAGGUGAAGACGCGGUGGCUCAAGCCCAGAGAGGUUCUUGACAUAUUGCAGAACUGUGGUUCUUGGUUCCUUUUCAACCGUAGGGUACAUCGCUUCUUCCGGAAUGAUGGGUAUGUGUGGCAGAAAAAGAAGAAUGGGAAGAGCGGCAAUGAAGCACAUGAGUACCUUAAGGUUGAUAAUGUAAAGGCUCUGAAUUGCUACUAUGCUCGUGCAGAAAAUAAUCCUAGAUUCAUGAGGCGGAUAUAUUGGAUGCUUGAACCGGCUUAUGAGCACAUCGUUCUUGUCCACUAUAGAGACGUUCUAGAGGGCAGCAUUUCAGUAUCAGUGCUAAACGGUUCGCCAACAUCCAAUCAGAAUGGCAGUGCUAGCAGAGCUGAUGCACAUAGUUCGCCAGGGUUGACUAGUGAGAUAGUUGCGCCACUUCUCAACUCGUGCAGCCCAGGAUCCGCGGAAGAAGUUAGUUCCCAGAUCCCGACCAUAAACAAUGAAACAAAUGAUAUAAGUCUAUUUGAUUGGCGGCGGACACUUGAAAUGCAGCUGAGUCUGGAAAACAAGGAACGUCAUGAUGUUAACACUGAUGAGGUUCUGCCAAAUCAUGAUCCUAUUCCUGCGCAUGGGAUACAGAAUGAAGAACUAGACGCAUGUAUAAACCUUGCAGAUGUCUUUGAUCUGGGGUUUAGUGAAGACAACCAUGCUGAAGGAAGUCACCCUUAUCCCGAUCCUAUCGAUGUCCUGAAAUAUUCAGAAACAUGGUUGGAGGAUGACCAACUUAAAUCUAUUCUACAUUCAGCUCCUGUGACAAUUGAUGAAAACCAAUGGUUCCAUCUUCAUGAGGUUUCUCCAGAAUGGGCAUUUUGUUCUGAAAGUGCUAAGGUUGUCAUUGUAGGAGAUUUCCCUUGCAACCUCUCCAAUAGUUCAUGGGUACUAUUUGGUGAUGUUAAAGUACCUGCGGUAGUUGUCCAGCAAGGUGUCAUCCGUUGUUAUACUCCACCAUACCUUGGUGCUGGAAAGAUGCUUUUUGAUAGUCAUGGCUGUGAACUCUUCUCAAAGUUCAGGUUGCCACUCCCAAAUGCUCGGUCUGGAUUCCCAGUUAACCCCUCAGAGAUUAUAGGGAGAACAUGUGAGCAGUUGGACCAUGAGAAUGCAGUAAAUUGCAUCAUGGAAGUGAUGCUUAACAAUAAGUUCCAGGACUGGCUAUCAUCCAAAUUUGAACAGAAUAGUGAAGGGGAGUAUUUGCUUCCUAGGCAAUACCAUGGUGUGAUACAUACAAUUGCUGCAUUGGGAUACGACUGGGCUUUGAAACCGCUGCUUAGUAACGGCGUGCCUAUAAACUACCGUGAUGCAAAUGGAUGGACUGCUCUGCAUUGGGCUGCACGAUUCGGAAGGGAACAAAUGGUAGCGGUUCUUGUUGUUGCAGGCGCUGCUGUGGGUGCACUUUCAGAUCCAACAGCGGAAGACCCUGCUGCCAAGACACCUGCUUCGAUUGCGUCUGCCUAUGGUUUCAUAGGCAUCUCUGCAUUCCUUUCAGAAGCACAACUAACCAGUACCCUUGAUUCUCUGGAAUCAAAAGAAAAUGGGAAACCCGUAGAUCAUAAUGGUGGAGUGAGUACAUCUAAUGCUGUGGAUAGAGUAUCAGAUAAAUGUGCACAUGUGGAUGGUGGAACUGAUGAUCAGCUUGCACUUAAGGAUUCUCUAGGAGCUAUCCGAAAUGCUGUUCAAGCUGCCGGACGCAUACAAGCUACCUUCCGUGUGUUUUCCUUAAAAAAGAAGAAACAAAAGGCUCUUCAGAAUGGAGAUAGCUCUGCUUCGCCAUCUAUGCUCGAAAGAGCUACAUUAUCUAUCCAGAAGAACUUCAGGUGCUGGAAGAAACGUAAGGAAUAUCAGAAAAUUCGGAAAAAUGUCAUCAAGAUUCAGGCACGGUUCAGAGCUCACCGAGAAAGAAACAAGUACAAGGAGUUACUUCAAAGUGUUGGCAUCCUUGAGAAGAUCAUGCUGAGGUGGUUCCGAAAAGGCGUUGGUCUGCGAGGAAUCAAUAGCAGGGCGAUGCCAAUCGACCAAGACGAGGAAGAAGACAUCGUCAAGGUUUUCCGCAAGGAAAGAGUGGAAACAGCUGUCAGUGAGGCUGUUUCGAGGGUAUCGGCUAUCGUCGGUUGCCCUGUCGCAAGGCUGGACUACCGCAGGAUGCUCGAAAUGCACCAACAAGCAAAGAUUGGCCAUGGAAAGUAG